AGAAGAAGAAGAAGAAGAAGAAGAAGAAGAAGAAGAAGAAGAAGAAGAAGAAGAAGAAGAAGAAGAAGAAGAAGAAGAAGAAGAAGAAGAAGAAGAAGAAGAAGAAGAAGAAGAAGAAGAAGAAGAAGAAGAAGACGUAAACGUAAACCCGGAAGUGCCGUGGAUGGAGUGGAUGCACUAGAUUUUUGAAUGAAAUCUGUUUCUAAUCUCAAAUAUACAAUUUCUGAAAAAAGAUAUGGGGAGCUUGGAGUCAGACCACACUGACCCACUGAGCACUGAGUUUGUUUACUGUAAUGGGGCCAUAACGGAGGUGCUUAAAUAUGGAAGCUGCAAGACUAGACAUGACACUCUCAUCCUUGUUAUUCCAGGUAAUCCAGGUGUGGUUGGAUUCUACACAACGUUCAUGCAAACUCUGCACCAAGCGUUCAACUAUCGGGUCCCUGUUUGGGCUGUUUCUCAUGCGGGACACUGCGAGCCUCCAGACCACAUGGACAUGGUGGAAGAUUCCUCUUUAGCGGCAGAAUUGGACGUGUUUGGGAUAAAUGGACAGAUUGAACAUAAACUGACCUUCCUCAGAAAACAUGUGCCCCGAGAAACACACCUUGUUCUGAUUGGUCACUCCAUCGGGUGCUACAUCAUCCUGGAAAUGAUGAAGAGAAAUCCAGAACUUAAGGUAUUAAAAGCUGUAAUGUUGUUCCCCACCAUUGAGCGCAUGGCCCAGACUCCUCAGGGCAGAGUGGUUACCCCAGUGAUCUGCCAGCUCCGGUAUGUGGCAUAUUUCCCGGUCUUCCUGCUCUCCCUGCUGCCCGAGUCCCUCAAACAUGGCCUGGUCAGACUGGUGCUGGGGGGAAUCGGCUCUCUGGAUCGAACCAUAAUACAACCCACUGUGGGGCUGCUCAGUGGAGACUGUGCAGCUAAUGCUAUGUACAUGGGUGGUCAAGAAAUGAAGAAAGUUUUAGACCGAGAUAAUGCAACGAUUAAGAAACAUCUACAUAAGCUUAUAUUUUACUACGGAGCCGCAGAUCACUGGUGUCCUGUUGAAUAUUACAACGACAUCAAGAGGGAUUUUCCAGAUGGAGAUUUCAGACUUUGUGAAAGCGGUUUCUGUCACGCCUUUGUCCUGAACGCUGGAGCUGAAGUCGCCAAAAUGGUGGUCAAAUGGAUCAGCCGAGACUUAAGAACUUGAAGUAGUGUUUCAUUUCAUAGAUUUAUUAAUUGUGAUUUAUGGCUGAUGUAGACAGUCUUGAUUCUUCAGACAUUCACAAAUAUUUAUACGUUUGAUUAUUUCAUUACAAUAUAAUGAGAAAUUAAAUAUAAAAGAACUACUUGUGUUACUCUAUCACUCUGGUUGUCUUUGAUAGUGGUGUUUUUUAUGUUUUAAUCUAAAUGGACCUAUGCAUUUGCAUGUGUUUGUA